AUCGAUCCCCUUUUGGCCUUCUUCCAUCCAAAUUGAGCACGAAACCCUAGAAUGGAGGCAGCCCACGGCGGCGGCAGCGCCGGCGGCGGGUCAAGGCAGGGCUUGCGCGUGGGGCUGGGCACUGGCCUGCCGUGCGCGCGGGCCGCGAGCGCGCUGGGGCGAUUGCAGGUGUGCGGCCUCGCCUCGGACGCGCGAGCGCUCUUGGGCGGGCGGAUGCGCCUCAGACCCGCGAGCGCGCCUGGGCGGGCGGCGCGUGGGGGCAGCGGCCGCGCCUGGUGGCCAGCGCACGUGGGGCGGGCGGCCAUGCCUGGUGAGGAUGUGACUCGAGCCGACCUGAGCUGCUCUCCAUUAACUACCCUUUGCCUUCUUGUCAAACACCACCACCUGAUACCUCCAAGUAUAGAAUAGAUAACCAAAAUGCACAACGGAAGGCAAAGGCAAAGAAGGCCAUGGGAAAUAAGCAGCAAAACUUGGUGCGAGCAAAACUUUGGUGCGACUUGGGACUACGGAAUUGUAUACAUAAUAUAGAAUAUUCUAGAGUAAAGGAUGAAGCAUGUCCCAUACCUUAUAUCUAUUGUAACUACUCGUAUGCGAGUAGUACUAGUCGGAACAGAAAAAACUAUCUGAGUAGUACUCAUGUAGGACUCCUCUUAGUAUCGGGCUAAGAUUCUAUGUAACCCUAUCCCGCAAGACUAUAUAAGGGCGGGUAGGGACAUCCUUCAAACAAUCAUCACACCAAUAAUCAA